AUGAUGUCGGACGACGACGAGGUCGUGGAGGAAUCAUCAUCGACCGCCACCGAAGCACCCAAAGUGCCCAAAAAGAAAAUUGCUGUGGUUGGUGGCGGAUGGGGAGGCUGGGGAGCUGCCAAAGCUCUUUGCCAGUCCAGAGAGGAUAUUGAAGUGACACUGUUGGAUGCGCUACCCGAUCCCACUGGGUUGACACCCUAUCUGUCUAAAUCAGGAAAGCCAGUUGAGGCUGGAACGCGAGGAUUCUGGAAGGACUAUCCAAACAUCAAUUCCAUGUGUGCCGAAUUGGGAAUUGAAGAGAGUGAUGUCUUUACACCUUAUACAAACUCGUCAUUUUACUCACCAGAUGGCUUGGAGGCGACGGCUCCAGUGUUCUCAGAGACAAAGUUUCCAACAACUCAAUUGCCGUUCUUGUCAUCAUUUUCUGGACAGGCUGUUCCACAACUCCCCUCCCCACUUGGUCAAGUGUUGGCUACCUUUCCUCUCUUCGAACGCAUUCCACUCUCGGACAGAGCAUCCAUGGUCGGAUUGUUGCUCGCCACCGUCGACUGUCUUGGAAAUGAUGUCUCAGUCCAAGAAAAGUAUGAUCGCAUGACUGCCCACGAUUUGUUCAUCCGCUUUGGACUUUCCGAACGCUUGGUGGAAGAUUUCAUCAAACCUACACUUUUGGUUGGUCUCUUCAAGCCACCAGAAGAAUUGAGUGCACUAGUGGUGAUGGAAUUGUUGUACUACUACGCAUUGGCGCAUCAAGAUUCCUUUGAUGUGCGUUGGAUUGCCAACGGGACUGUUGCGGAUUCGUUGAUUGCCCCAUUGGCUACAAGUCUGCAAGAUAACUACAAUCUUGAGGUCCUUGGUGGAGCUCGUGUUGAAAAGAUUAGUUUGGAUGAGGAUGGAAUGACUUCCAUCGAAUACUCUAGAGGUAUUGUUGGCAGUCUUGGCGGAACCCAAUCCAUGAAAGUGGACGGUGUUGUGCUUGCCUUGAAUGGAAAAGGAAUGGCAAGUGUGAUUGAAUCCAGUCCAGACCUGUCGCAAUAUCCAACAUUUAGCAAAGCGGCCUCCAUGAAGAAUGGAAUCGAUGUCAUCAGUGUGCGUAUUUGGCUGGACCGAUACGUUCCAACUCGAACUCCAGCCAAUGUCUUUUCUCGAUUCGAAGCUUUGCGGGGAGCCGGUGGGACCUUUUUCAUGCUGGAUCAGUUCCAGAAGGAUGCCGAGGAGAGUCUUUGGGGAGGCGAUGAAGUGCAGGGAUCUGUUCUCGCUUGUGAUUUCUACAAUGCUGGUUCUCUGAUGAGUCUGAGUGAAGACAGGAUUAUUGAUAUUUUGAUGAAGGACCUCCUCCCAGAGGCUGUGCCCGAAUUCCGAAAUGCCAAGGUGGUCGACUCCUGGGUGGGCAAGUAUCCCGGAGCUGUCAGUUACUUCUCCCCUGGAAGCUUUGAUCGUCGGCCUCCUAUGCAAGGAGACCCUGACGUACCCCAAAUCAAGUUUGCCGGUGACUGGGUUCGCAUGGGAGACCAAGAGCAUGGGGCCAAGGGACUCUGUCAAGAGAGGGCAUACGUUUCUGGCUUACAAGCUGCUAAUCUUGUGCUGGACCAGGUAUGUGGAAAGAGCCGAUUGUAUAAGCACCCAGUGAUUCCUGUAAGAGACGAUGAAGCACAAUUCAAGGCCGGAAUUGAAUUAAACAAGCAAGUCAUGAAGGUUCUUCCACGAUUCUGGGUGCGAUAG